AUGAACUUCAUUAGAGACAACCACUUGAGAAAUGAGUCGAAAAGCUUGUGCGAGGUUUGCGGUGACAAAGCCCGCGGCUGUAACUUCGAUGCCAUCACUUGUGCCUCGUGUAAGGAGUUCUUCAGACGCAAUGCCUUCAAACAAAAGGGUUUGAAAUGCUAUUUCCAAAACAACUGCACCAUUGAUGUGGUGUCGCGAAGAUUUUGCGCUUCAUGUCGGCUGAGGAAGUGCUUUGGCGCCGGUAUGAAGAAGGAGUACAUUAUGAAUGAAGAGCAAAGACAUGCCAGAAAAGUGAAGAUCAUUGAGAAGAAGAGGUCGAGACAUUCGCGAAAGAGUGACACCAUCUUUGAUCAACAUAUUAGCAAUCAAUUCGACCAAAUGAUGAGAGAUGAUGGCGAGGCCUAUCCUAUUAUGGAUCAAACGGAUCAGUUGUCAGAUGAGAGUCCUCUUCCAUCCCCUUCAUUGUCUCCGUGUUCGCCAUGUAUUGCAACUAAAGGUCCAAAGAGUCCGGACCUUCCCAUCGGAACGAUAGUUAGUUCCGAUGUCUUUGGUAUCGAAGAAAAACCCAAACUUUCGUUUAGAUAUUCAAAGGAAGAGAUAUUUUCAAAGAAUGAAAAGCCAGAGGAAAGGAAUGGCGAACAGAAUACAGUGUCUUCGGCAGCGGGUAUGGAAUCGAUCACAAAACUGUUGAGUAAAGUAAAGAGCCGGCACUACUCGGGAACAGUUGAGUCCCAAAGAGAGACAUAA